GAGUUGAAGUUUGAACAUCAUGUCGGUAAAACUAACAAGACUUUCUUUUACGUCUAGGAAUAGAGGACCCGACUCAAUGCGUGAAACCCUUGAUGGAUGAAAUCUCGCAACAAGAGGCGGAACCCGUCACAAGAUAUCCUGCAUGUGCAUCUGUACCCUUUUGGCCUCCCUGUUUCUGGAUACGGUUAGAUUGUUGUUUCGUAGCAAGAAGGCUGUGGUUCUCUCUGACAUUUGCACUCCUUGGCUGGACGCAUCGAAGACAUUCAAACUAUGUCCUACUAACGAGGAUUGAGUCGUCAUCCACACAUUUCACACACAGGAUUGAUGCCACCUAUUAAGUGUUAUCUAAUGUAUAGCAUUUCAUCAAAGUCAUGUCUUCAUAAGAACGCGAAGCCUGU